UAGUCACCAAGGUAACAAGCAAAGCUGGAAGUAACAGGUCUGUUUCAAACAGAUUAGAGGACCAGAACCCCAAGAGAAAAGGCCAGAGAGACACAGAAUUUUUGUAAUUCAGUGACAAAAAUGUCGAGUUCUGAAGACGAAUCCGAUGAAGAUGUAGGGCCAUAUCUUGGAGAAUACGAAGGUGACCGAAACGAGUUUGAUGAGCGACAUGGCAAAGGCAAAACAAAACUUCCCAAUGGCGAUACAUACGAAGGAGAUUAUGCACAUGGAAAAAGACACGGUCAAGGAAUUUAUAAGUUUAAAAACGGUGGGAAAUACGUUGGUGGUUAUGCCUAUGGAAAGAAGCAAGGAGAAGGAACACUGUAUUAUCCUGAUGGCUCUCGCUAUGAAGGGUCGUGGUCAAACAACGCACGUAACGGAUAUGGGUCCUACUUCUACGUGAACGGAGAUAUAUAUGAAGGUGAUUGGGUGGACAACAAAAAGGAAGGCCAGGGCAUUUAUACCUACGCAGCAACAGGUUCAAAAUAUCGUUGUCGCUGGAUAGCUGGCCAGCUCGAAGGCCCUGGAGAGUUUCUAAACCAAAAUUACCGCUUUGUUGGGAAUUACGAGAAAAGUCUGCCAACUGGAUCCGGCAGAUUCCUCUUUGAUAACGGAAGCGAGCAAAUCGGAGAAUACAUUGUGAAGGAAGAAAUACAAGAGGCUGAAGUUGAAGGGGAAGAAGCUGUUGUGGUUAAGACUCCAACGUGGAAGGCGUCUGCAAUAACAAGCUUGCAGAAAGUCGAAGUCGACCUAGGGGACAUGUAAACAUAUAUGUACCUUAAUAUUCUUACGAAUACGAUACAUUGGUCGGCUCAUAUGGCAGGCUGUGCCAUGUACUUCACAUUGGAUAGGUGAUAGAGCAGAAAUGUUUGUUAUCACUUAUUCACAGUGUAUCUUGUUGAAAGUAUAGGGAGCAAAAGACCCCAGCCGCCAUUAGCGCUGCACCUCUCUACUUUAGUUUUGAAAAGUUAUAUUGACUGGCUGUAUUUGUGACAAAGAUUUUAAAGAACUGGUACAAUAUUGAUUACCGUAUUUCUCGGCGUACACGUCAACCCGAUAGGAAAGUCAACAUUUUAAUUUUAGCUGAAGAUUUCCAUGAUAAUAUUUAAUUGAGUUUUGACUGACAAAAAUCAAGACAAUUUUACCUUUAAAACCCACAGUAUACAUUCUCCUGUCAAAAGUUGUUCAAACGGAAAUCUUUUUCUGCCAAAAUUUCCGGUAAACUCGCUAACGAAGAUAAAGCAAGUUCAAUGGCGUAUAAGUGAAACGUUUUCAUAUGUAUUUUAUGGACGUAAAAACGCGAAUUACACGCCGAUAAAUACAGUAUUACUUUUAAGCAAAACGACUUUGGUAUAUAUACAUAGCAUUCUUAGCAUCAAUUUAAUAAAACCUUUUUCUCGACAUAAAGCGAACUUCCUUCACUUUUGGAUUUUUCCUCUUGAAGGCCACUUAAAAUUCAUUAAUAUGACAACUUGCACUACAACAUUGAAAGCAUUGAUUAACUCUUUUACCAAUUGCUUGUUCUUCGUGGUAAAUUUAUUUUAUUGUUGCCCAUUCCAAAGUCUCUGAGUUCUUUUUACAAUCAUUUACCCAGUUUAGGAAUACUUUUUGCUAUUUAUGGACUUCAUCUGUGCCAUUCAUGAGUUGAAAUGAAAUGGCAAGUAAAUGAUAGAAAAUGAGGAAUCAACAGUGACAGAAAAUGACUAGCAAUAUAAUAUAAAUGAUGAACUACAUCUUUGUGAUUUACAAUUAAAGUCAAGUUGAUCAAGUGUUAAUUAUUUACAAGUUAAGAAUAAGAAAAAAAAAUACAGUUUUACAAUCCAAUUAUGGCAUAUCUCCCAUCUGGCUGGUUAUAUUGUCAAGGUUUUUAUUAAUUAUUUUGACUUUAAAUAAUAAUACACUUCUUUGACUUUUAAAGAACAGGAGUAACUUCACACUAAAAACCAGUCUAUGUUCCCUCAUUGUGCCCUGAGAAAGU